AUGGAGGGCGAGGAUGCGUUUGACGAGGAUUUCGACGAUGAGGAUGGCGGAUACGGGCGGAUGGGGACCGGGGGCCGGGGGGAGAGGGAGCCGCUUAGAGGACUGACCAGAAAAAAUCGGGAGGUGAUUCGGGCAGCCCGAAAAGAAGCAGCGGCAGGCGGGCAGGCGGAAAAGGCUGGGGAUGGGGGGCAGGCGGCGCUGCAGCAGGUGCUGGUGAACAUCCUGAAGCGGCCUUUUGCGGAUGUCAGGGAGUCUUAUAAGGUGGAUAAGAGCGAGCUGGGGCGGGGCAGGUUCGGAGUGAUCCGAGCCUGUGUGGAUCGGGUGACAGGGGAGAGGCUUGCGUGCAAGACGAUCAGCAAAGGCAUGCUGCAGUGCCAGCAAGACAUAGAGGACGUGCGCAGGGAGGUGGCGGUGAUGGAGAUGCUACAGGGCCACCCAGACGUGGUCAACCUCCGGAGCACAUUCGAGGAUGCACAGGACGUGCAUCUGGUGAUGGAGCUGUGUGAGGGCGGGGAGCUGUUUGACCGCAUUAAAGCCAAGGGCAAGUUCAGCGAGGCGGAGGGAGCACGGGUGCUGCGCACGGUGAUGGGCGUGCUGCAGCACUGCCACGACCUGGGGGUCAUGCACCGCGACUUAAAGCCCGAGAACAUCCUGCUCAACAGCAAGGAGUCGGACACGGACCUGAAGGUCAUCGACUUUGGCGUUGCUACUUUCUUCCAACGAGGCAAGCCGUGCACGGAAAUGGCUGGCAGCCCCUACUAUCUCGCUCCGGAGGUUUUGGCCGAAAAAUACGGCCCGGAAGCUGAUAUUUGGAGCGCGGGAGUGGUGCUGUACAUCCUGCUGUGCGGCCUGCCGCCCUUCUGGGGCACCACCAACGAGGCCAUCUUUGAAGCCAUCAAAGAGGCCACGCUCAACCUCGUUCGCCCGCCCUGGCCUAGCAUCUCGGAGGAGGCAAAGGACCUUGUGCGCCAGAUGCUCAACCGGAACCCGAAGAAGCGCAUUACGAUUGAAGAGAUUCUAGAGCAUCCCUGGAUUGUGAAGAAUGCAGGCCCACCAUAA